AUGGCAAGCUCCUCAACUCUCAUGGACAUAGACGACAAUACAAUUGAUAGGACAGAACGAGACGAAGUCUUCAUGCUCUCUAUCGCUAAGAUGAACAUCAUGGAGACGACAUUUGGGAAUGUCAGCCUGCGGAAAUACGUGUCGGUCAAGAAUACCAGAGCGUGUAUCUUCCAGGAGAUAGUAGCGGAAUUCCAUAAGGGGGUGCAGGACCUUCGGCAGGAGAGGAAGCUCGUGAAGCGCCGUCCAACAGGGAGCUCCUGUCAACAAAAAGCACCACCUGUCAACAAAGAAGCGCCACCUGUCAACAAAGAAGCGCCACCUGUCAACAAAGAAGCGCCACCUGUCAACAAAGAAGCGCCACCUGUCAACAAAGAAGCGCCACCUGUCAACAAAGAAGCGCCACCUGUCAACAAAGAAGCGCCACCUGUCAACAAAGAAGCGCCACCUGUCAACAAAGAAGCGCCACCUGUCAACAUAGAAGCGCCACCUGUCAACACAGGAAUGCCACUUGCCAACAUAGGAGCAACACCUGCUAACACAGGAGUGCCACUUGCCAACAUAGGAGCAACACCUGCCAACACAGGAAUGCCACUUGCCAACAUAGGAGCAACACCUGCUAACACAGGAGUGCCACUUGCCAACAUAGGAGCAACACCUGCUAACGCAGGAGUGCCACUUGCCAACAUAGGAGCAACACCUGCUAACACAGGAGUGCCACUUGCCAACAUAGGAGCAACACCUGCUAACACAGGAGUGCCACUUGCCAACAUAGGAGCAACACCUGCUAACACAGGAGUGCCACUUGCCAACAUAGGAGCAACACCUGCUAACACAGGAGUGCCACUUGCCAACAUAGGAGCAACACCUGCUGACACAGGAAUGCCACUUGCCAACAUAGGAGCAACACCUGCUAACACAGGAGUGCCACUUGCCAACAUAGGAGCAACACCUGCUAACACAGGAAUGCCAUUUGCCAACAUAGGAGCAACACCUGCUAACACAGGAAUGCCACUUGCCAACAUAGGAGCAACACCUGCUAACACAGGAAUGCCACUUGCCAACAUAGGAGCAACACCUGCUAACACAGGAGUGCCACUUGCCAACAUAGGAGCAACACCUGCUAACACAGGAAUGCCACUUGCCAACAUAGGAGCAACACCUGCUAACACAGGAGUGCCACUUGCCAACAUAGGAGCAACACCUGCCAACACAGGAGUGCCACUUGCCAACAUAGGAGCAACACCUGCUAACACAGGAGUGCCACCGGGAGCAAACUAG